GUUUACUGCCGUCACAGGCGAACACCUGCGCGCCGCAAGUGACAGUGACAUCUGCGCCAAACCCUCCUGUCUCUAUCAACACCGCGCUCGCGCAGUCCGCACCUUCCGUCUUGCAGUUCCAGCAGUCGACCCACGUUCCUUUUUGUCGCCUACACUACGAUGCCAGUGCGCCCGCGUCCUGCCCUUCCCACCGCGUAAUAUCCCACCUCCGUCACUCGUUCCGGCGCAUCGGCCGCACCCGCUCCAGCCAUGGGCAUCGUGAUCAACCAGGAGCCCGCGGCCCUCCCCGCCGCCGACCUGUCGCUGUUCCAUGCCACGGACGAGCUGCUGUCCAACUCGCCGGUCCUCAUUUUCUACGGCCCGACCUCGACCUCUGCGCAAACGACCAACUCGCGCAUCCAGACCCACGUGUUCACCCCGGCCGGCUUCUCGAGCUAUGCACGCCUUAUCGUAUCGCCCACGGCCUCCUUCUACAAUGCCGUCACGUGUCUGCCGCGCGAGGAGCAGGGCGACGAGAUAUGUCGCGGCUUGGCCUUCAGUCUGUUCAAGUACUUUGUGGAGCUGCCCGCCGAGGUGAAGAGCGCGUGGGAGAGGCGCUACAGCACAAGAGCAAAUAUGCACAUGGCGCCUGCCCUCUUCACUGAGCAGCACGCUGCCAUUGUCGCGGCCAAGAUGGUCAAGGUCGAGAACGUCGAGGACGUCAUUGUGGAUGUGCGCCAUGCACUGGGAGAGCAGACCCUUUCGUGGGUGGACCUGGAUGUCGUGCUGCCCCAGGGCAGUAUACAGAAGGUCGACCUGCGCGAAUCAGCGCAGUUCGAAGAGCCGGAUGACGACCACCUCGAGCAGCAGUAUGGACCAUACGCGCCCGUCAUUCGACUCUUCGGAGAGUCUACCUUCCUCCCAACCUCACGUUUACGUCGAGCACCCUCAAAAGCCAGCCAGCUCAAUCGAUCGCAGUCGUUCUCACGGAAGCAGAAGGAAUCACUCCGCCGCGAAAUGUGUGAGCUGUUAGACACAGAGGAGAACUAUGUUAACAAAGUACAUGACCUGGUCAACAACGUGGCGGUCGAAUUCCGUAACAAGGCGAAACGCAGGUCAUCUUCGAGCACCAGUCCUAAUGAGCAGACGCUGCAAGGUCUUUUUCCUCCAAGCUUGGAUCAAAUACUUGAGAUCAACUCGAGUUUCUUGGAGGAAUUACGAGUCAUCUUGGAAGAGACGGAGAACGGCGCGAUUCAAGACAUCGAGGAGUCUACAGAUGACAUCUUCAUCGCUCCUUUGCGAAGCCAGAAGGAUCCGCCAGACGUCACUGGAGCAGCAAGAGUCGCAAAGGCGCUUGUAGAAUGGUUCCCCAAGUUUGGUGACUGCUAUACAGAUUACAUGGCUGCACACGGCGACUUCUCACAAUUGCUGAAAGCCUUCACCAGAGAGCCCGCCUCAAGCUUCUCGAGGAGGGUAUAUGAAACUGGCGAGCAGCGACUUACGUCGUUACUUAUCGAACCUGUGCAGCGCCUGCCUCGCUACAAUCUCUACAUUGACCAGAUCAUCAAGCAGUUACCAGCCCGGCAUCCAGCAAUAAAGACAUUUUUGAAAGCAAGAGAUAUCAUUUCCGAAAUUUGCUCAAGAGAGGGAUCGACGGCACAGCAGAUGAAAAUUGUUGAUCGCCUGCGGAAGAUGACUUACCAGUGGCCAUCUUCGUUCAGACCUCAAGGGAGACUGAUCAGUGCCGUGGAUGCUGUCGAAUUGGCACCACCCUAUCAUGGAGAGCUCAGUGGUCCUGCCACUACCCCUGGGAUCUUGCUACUUUUCUCUGACUUCCUCGUCAUACUCCAUAAGCCCAAUGGAUGCAAUGCGAGCGCACGUAGUUUGAUGGCCGAUUUGGACACCCCUCGACUCACCGACACAUCUGACGAGUCCGAGCUCGUGUUCCAUCAAUUUAUCAGGCUGUGUGAUGUCUUCGCCAGCGAGCACGCAGAAUCCAGCAUCGUUCAACUGUUGUCUCCGACUCCUCGUACAGUUCAGAUAGGGCGGCCACCGACUCCAGAUCGUCAGAACAUUGGGCUUCGUAUGUACUACGUGCAAGGUGCUUAUGAGGGCCGCGCACAAAGAGUCGUCGAAGACAUUGCCAAAGCUAGGGUAGAAGGCCGAUUUGCAGAGGCCGAACGCGAGAGCUACAAAUGGGAGGUGCGAAGCCGGCCUGGUGACCUCAAUCUCUUCUCGGCUGUUACUGAAGAGACAGGAGAUGCUCCACCUGAGGGUCGCAGAGAACCUGCGAAAGUCCAGGUUCUGAUUGAAGCGUCAAAGUUCUCGCAGCCUAUCGAAGUAGGUUAUGAUGGCGUUGAGGUGGUCAUCAGGAUAACAGUUCUGGAUAACGGUUUCUACCUAAUGGACAUGAGCGGACCCAAAGGCUACCUUGCAAAGGACAAACUCACAAAGGUCGAGUUCCUGCCUGUGCUGACCAAACGCCUCGCCAACUACUUCCAACAGCGCAACAACGUGAAGAAUCCCGUCUUGUCCGAAGCUUACCUCUUCCGGAAUCAAAUGAUCCUCCAGUCACUGAGACUUCAGAUGACAAAUGUCGAAGAAUGGAGAGAAAUGAAGAGCAGGCCUGCCUCACCUGUCAAGCUACUUAGUAAUAUCUUUGGUGCAAGUGUCGGCAGGGAAGGUGGAGGACGGAGGCUUCAGCGUAACGCGCAGACCCUGGGAGAUAUUCCACGCAUAGCGCCUCCUCCACAACUCGCACCAACACGGACCCACAGUCGUGACGGCCUCGGCUCGCGGCCCACCUCGUCAAGAAGCGGCUUCGAGGAGCUGCAAAUGGUUGACUCUCUCACAAAGCUAGAAGACUCGCUGGCGAAUAUUACAAUGGCCUUAUCUGCCCGAAAGGGAAACAUUGUCGGCCGAUCGGUCCGCGCCAGAGUUGUCGCAGACGAGCUUGUGGUUAACGAGCUUUACAACUCCCUUCUUGAGACGCCUUCCAACCUAGACCUUGCCUCGCAAUCUUCAGUCGACGUGCUCUUCGCCGUAUUCGACAAGUUCCUGAAUGUUGCCUGGAAAGAGCGGAUGGGCCCAGUGUUAUCCCAUGCAACGUUUGUAUCGUUGCAGAUGCGAUCCGACAGCAUGUACCCCAUGGAGUUCGAGGAGUAUUUCCGCGCGACUUUUAAUAGCCUCGCAUCUCACAACCAGCGAGCGACACGAGUCAUCAUUCAGCUUCUAGCCGAAUUACUCGAUGGUACCAGCAAUGAUGGAGACCGUGGUAUAUUGACAGCUGCAUUUGCCGAAAUGAUGGUACCCGCAGGGAACGCAAAUGACUUCAUAUCGUUGAUCGAUCGUCUAGUACAAGACAUCGACGCUCUGUUCCCUGCUGCGACACCUGGCUAUGCAACACCGAAUUUUGGCUCUAUGGACGGGAAAAGUCGUCACAACGCUAGUGGCUCAUUGAACUCGAAUUCUCUCAGGCGGCGAUUUGGCUUCGGCAACCUAUCACGAGAGAACAGCAAGAAUGAGAACGAAUCCAAGGUCAGCCUACUAUGGAGGUCUUUGAGCAAGAAUAGCCACAGCCAAGAGAACUUCGCUGUCGCGGUGUCGAAAUCUGGAAGUCAGUCUGUCGGGCGCUCCAACUCAAUCGACAAUGGCCGUCAUUCGCCCAAACGCCCAUCGUCACGCGAUCGUCCAACCGUUCUAGGCGCUUUCCAGAAUGAUAGUGGAAGCCAGACCAACCGUUCAGCCUUAGGGACUAUUGGUGAGAUACCACCUUCGAGACUUGCCGUUCCUGUCCAGCCUCGCAGGAAGCGGCGUUCUUCUCUCAGCGACCUCAAGGAGUUACAGUUCACCGAAGAGGCGCCAACGUGGUCCUCACAAACUCCUCGCAGGCCCGAAUCAACCUUGCCGAGAAACCGAGAAGUACGACAACCUCGGGAGAGUGUUUCCCCUCCUCGAACGCCUCUCCGCACCGCUGUAUCUUCCCAUAAGCAUUCUUCGUCCAUCCCCGGCCCGAUGCGGUUGGGUUCACCGAUGAGGAAGGAGAACGAGCCAGUCCUACCGGCUUCACGGAGAGGCAGUGUUGUGCCCGAAUCGCGGCCGCCUCAGUCAUCAUCUACACGCAGGGGCAGCGUACAACCACCCACACCAGCAACACCUCGUCGAGAGAGUAGAGAUGAGAUUACAAUCAAAUCCUUCUCACAAUCAACAACGGCGCACUCCAGAAGACGCAACGAAUCCCUCACUAGUAUACCCGCUCUAAGACCUAUGACUGUCUCUAUUGCUGGUUUGUCAGAACGUGCAGGUUCCGGAAAUACCGCCAGAUUACCUCCAUCCACUCCUCGCUCACCCAUCAAAGCUAUUGUACCCUCAGGGACGAUCAACGGCAAUGGUCCGGGCACUAUCUCGACAGGCACGCCUCGCAGGCUUCGAAUGCAGUCACCACAGAAGCUACGCGAGCGACUUCAGACCCAACAAAAAGACAUUGAGAGCGCGUCGCAAGAUUUGCAGAGCGUCUUAAACGAUAUCGGCCACGAGCUGACAGCUAAGAGCACUCCCCGUCUCCACCCUCAAACAUCUGCCCCUUCUUUGGGAUCGGGAACGCCCACCAAAGCACAGUCUAUGACGCUAGAAGCUCGCAUAGCCUCCUUCGAGAAGCAGGCAAGGGCCACCCUCGACGCCCUUACCACCCGUUCCGCCACCAUCGCGCAAGAUGUCACCACCUCUCUUCAAGUCUCCGAAGCACGAGUCAAACAGCUCGAUCAGCUUUAUCGCGAUUCCAACGCCGAGAAUGAGGCUUUGUACGCCCGCUUCAAUGAAGAACUGGAGAAGGUGACGAGCAGCGUGCGCAGAGGCAGGGCUGGUGAAGAGGCUGAACGUCGCAUGAGGGCUAGCGAGGAGGAGUGUGCACGGCUGAGGAAGGAAAACGCGCGACUGAAGAGGGAGGUGGCAGGUUUAAAAGCGCAGAUGAGAGAGUGAGUGAGUCGCACUCGCCGCUCUCUCUUCAUCUCAUCAUGCCGCAAAGGCUUAUUUGUUGACGCUCGCAGGUGGCUUCCACUCGCCAGUCAGUUUGCAGCACGAUUACUUGUCGGCUUCUACUUUCUUCUCGUCGAGAUGGCCACAACAAGCACCACCCUCUUGCUGUAUUAUCUGCGGACGUCCACCUCAUUCCUCCUCACACCUGUUUUGGUAUUACUUGGACGUCGUCGCAUCGGAAGCGGGAGUAUUGAUUGAGCAUUAAUGGCAGGAGCAUUGCAUAGGAUAUGAAGCAUGAUCAGCGGUUUCCAUCAUAUCAUUGCAGGAGUUUGAGCAUGGAGAAGGGCAUUAUACCACUUGCAUAUUUAUCAGAACGAAUCCAUUGGACUACAUCGUGCUUCUUGUAUCGCUGGCGAAUGUGAUGACUUUGCUUGAGGUCGCGAUUGCUGUUAUUUGUCGCACUUGCCCUGGUUUACGUCAGUCGCAG